UUUUUGGCCCAUUUGGCCGACAAACACACCCAAAGCGGGACACAAACCAAACUCUUCUGCCUCUACUGUAGCCCUAUCUCCGGCUCUCCCGACGCCAAGAAGUACUUCACGCACGAGAAACUGAGCCUUAUGUNCCCUAUCUCCGGCUCUCCCGACGCCAAGAAGUACUUCACGCACGAGAAACUGGUCAGACAUUCACGACAUGUGAUCCCGGGUCCGGCCAUACAGGGGGCGGGGGCUAGCCUAGUGACAAUGGCUGUUAUAGUCACGUUAGAUACGGAGAUAGCCAGCGCGUAUUUUGAGCACACAAUCGCUAAGACGGGCGCCGACGCCGACGAUGAACACGAGGACAACAACCAGAUGCCGAUCAAAGAGUGCAAAAUCAUUGAGUGCUCGCAUUUGGCCGAAACACCGCUUCCCGACGCCCAACACUUCUUCGAGAACUACAAACACAAGCGACUCAACGGCGAAAUGAAUGCCUAUCAGUGUCUGUACUGUCCGUAUAUGGACUCCACGCGCGACGAGCUGUACGCCCACUGUGUGGCCGCACAUCCAGACUAUCCCAUACUUAUAUACACCGGUAUUAAUGCUCGCCAUUCAGUCAAUGGCGAUAAAGACGAUAACGAGAUCAGCGAAGCGGUGGUGAAGACCAAAGCGGCCAAAAAGCGGUCGUUUAAUGAAUCGUUUAGCGACUCGGAUGUGACCACCAAUGGUGUGGUCGAUACGUACGAGUUUGACAUCUGGACAGAGAGUGAUGACGAAGAUAUGUUGCUCUCGGAAGACGACCUCUCGUCCGACGGUCGACCACUGCUGAGCGAAGUGACCGCAAACGCCGAGCCGUCGGCCAAACGUCAGCGAACAGAACCGGACUCUUCGUCGCCGCGAACCAGAAUACGAGAUAUACUGCGAUCGGCGACGCCGUCGGCACUUGUGGCCCAUCGAGCGCUCAGACAGUCGUACUAUUUGGCCGCCUGUCUGUCGGCAGUGUUGGCCCUGUAUUUCUCGGCCUCAUCUAAGAAAUACAUAUCUAUCAAUAUAUAA